CUACAUUUGUCAUUUCCAAAUGCCUUGUGUCAGUUAUUUGUCAUAAGGUUGUCAUUUUAAAACUGCUGAUGGUGUAUUAAGCUUGCUUGUGCAAAAGUAAAUGAAAGUAGUUUUAGGCAUAACUAAAAAAAUACACAUGUAUUAUACUUUUUAUAUGUAAAAGUAAUAAUUAUAUAGCAAAGGUGCUGUUAUUGGUGGUCAUGGAUCGAAAAAUAGUUUGGAGUGUACUUUUACUGCUAUUUAUAAUAUUUAUUCAAACAUCUGAGCAAGCAAAGAAACAAAGAACAGCAGUUAUUACAGAUAUAGGUGAUAUAAAAGAUUUUAAAAAACUUUUAAGAACUAAGACUAAUGUUUUGAUAUUAUAUGUGAAUGAGCUGAAGAGUUCACUCACCAUAACAGAUGUGUUUAAAGACACAGCUGAUGCUAUGAAGGGACAAGCCACCCUUGCUUUAAUAGACUGCACUAGUAGUGAUGGUAGAAAGCUAUGUAAGAAACUGAAGGUCUCUACGGAUAAACCCUACAUCUUGAAGCACUACAAAGACGGUGAAUAUCAUAAGGAUUAUGACAGAAAUGAGUCAAGUUACUCUUUAUCAAACUUCUUGAGGGACCCCACUGGAGACCUACCAUGGGAUGAAGAUCCAACUGCCACUGAUAUAUUUCACCUUCAAGAUGGAGAGGCUCUGAACAAGUUUUUGAAAAAAGGAGCCGGUGCUUACAAGAAAUCCAUGAUAAUGUUCUAUGCGCCUUGGUGUGGGUACUGCAAGACUUUGAAACCGGAGUAUGUGAAUGCUGCUGCUGAAUUAAAGGGUGAAUCUUUACUCGCUGCUAUUGAUGUAUCCAAACCAGGAAACUCAAAAAUAAGACAAUCGUACAACAUUACUGGUUUCCCCACGUUGUUAUACUAUGAAAAAGGUCAAUACAAACUGCCGUACAAUGGCGAAAAUAAAAAACAAGCUAUCGUCGAUUUCAUGAGGGAUCCAACAUCUGCAAUGCAACAAAAGAAGAAAGAAGUAGUUGACGAGAGCUGGCCCGAAGACUCUGACGUUGUGCAUUUGACGGUUGCCAAUUUUGACGAAACUCUUUCGAAUGUUAAAAACGCUCUCGUAGUCUUCUAUGCUCCUUGGUGUGGACAUUGCAAGAGAAUUAAGCCAGAAUUCGAGAAAGCAGCUAAGAGGAUCAAGUCGGAAAAGAUCGACGGCAUUUUGGCUGCAGUUGACGCCACAAAGCAACCUGACCUUGCUUCUCGAUUUGGUGUGAAAGGCUAUCCUACUCUGAAGUACUUCAGCAAGGGAGAGUACAAAUUUGAUGCAAGCCAUGCCCGGCAAGAAGACCAAAUUAUCAGUUUUAUUAAGGACCCUCAAGAGCCACCGCCACCACCACCCCCGGAAAAGCCGUGGUCUGAAGAGGAGUCGCCCGUGCGCCACCUCGACUCCGCGACAUUCAGAAACACACUGCGCAAGAUCAAACACGCCAUUGUCAUGUUCUACGCACCAUGGUGUGGUCAUUGCAAAAGUACUAAGCCGGAGUUUGUAAAGGCUGCAGAGAAAUUCGCUGAUGAACUUAUGGUGGCGUUUGGGGCAGUUGAUUGUACCGCCGAACAAGAACUGUGUGCCAACUAUGACGUCAGAGGCUACCCUACGAUCAAAUACUUUAGUUACUUCGACAAAGCUGUCAAGGACUACACGGGCGGUAGAAAGGAAGGUGACUUCGUAUCGUUCGUACACAGCCAAGCAGACUUUCAUCCGGCUGCUCAAAAAGAACUGACGACACAGAAAUCUGGUUUUGGUGUUCAUGUAUUGAUGACUGGCGACGCAGACUUUGACCAGAUUAUAAAAUUACCGACACCGACCUUCAUCAUGUUCUACGCGACUUGGUGCUCACACUGUACCCACGCAAAACCACAGGUCAGCCUCCUAGCAGAGAAGCUUCACACUGAAAAUGUAAACGUAAAAGUAUAUGCCGUGGAUGCAUCUAAGAACCAAAAGGUCGCUGACGUCGCUGGCAUACAGACUCUGCCGACGUUCAAACUGUAUACAAACGGACAACUUAUAGCUGACUACGACGGCGGUCGCACUCUCGACGAAAUGUUCGAAUUUUGUCGCAGCCACGCCAACAAGGUGAAAGAUGAGUUGUGAUCCUAGUUAAAGUUCAUCAUUAGUCGAUUUUCAUGUUAAGUCGUUUCAUAUUUUUGUGGUAUCCUCGCAUUCACUUGUGUACUGUUGCCGAAACAAAGUUUAUGUAUCCUAUUUAUAGCAGAUAUUCUAUACGCGUAAAUACAUUUACAAAUUAACUCAUAAUAUUUAGAUUUGUAUAUAUACCUCUUAUAUUUAGCAUGCGUGUUUAUAAACCGUAUACAAUUUCAACAAUAAGACUUUAAAUAUUGACAAUACACAAAUGUAGUGGUCUGGUUUUACUAUCUAAGAAGAUUAAUCUAUUUUUGCAUUGUUAUUUCGGGCGACUAUAGGGCUCGCAUUAAAUUAGUUGCUAAUGUUACUUAGAUAUGAAUUACUUAAAAGACUAAUGCAAACAUAUUAUAAUUAUUAAUAAAAGUAGUCAAAGGUGAAUAUUCAAUUAUUGUUAUAAUAGUCUGAGUUAUUUUUCUACCCAUAAGACAUAUAAAUGACUUAUUAGUCAAAUUGUAUAAUAUGUAGCAAAUAUUUUAAUAUACAUUCGUAUUGCGCAUAAUAAUAAUCUCACUAAUGAAUAUCAGAAUAUUAAUCAAAUAAUUAUUAUAUUUAUGUAGAGAGAUAUUUAGCGAAUGAAGUAUAAUAGUAUUAUGUUGAUACGUAAUAAAUAUUUAUCAAUUUUAUAUUGUAUGCUUAUGCUAGAAUCUUCCAUUCGUCACAAUUUUAGUGAUACAUCACCAUCGAAGACUUGUUUCUAGUUCUUUAUGACGGAGAAUUUUCUUAUGAAUAGUAUAAGUAUUGUUAUAAACUUCAAUUAAUACGUAUUCAUUAAAUAAAAAAUCUGUUUUUAAUGGUAAUCUGCAUUUAUUUUGGAAAUUUAAUGUUAUAUUAUAAUGGCGUCUGCCUACAUUCCUUGUACUUACACGAGUUAUUUAAUUUUACAGUUUUAAGAUAGAAAAUUUGGAUUUUAUCGGCGUCAAUGUGUAUUCUAUGUGUUGGUGAGCUUUGUUUUAAUUAAUUAUCGUCAUUAGAUGUAGAUUGUAAUCUUUGAGAUUUAUCAUUAACGGUUGUAUUUAGUCACACGCAGAACACCUCAAAAACGAGAUUUUAAUUAUUAUUAAAAUAAACUAGUCUUAAUAUUGUGAUAUGUAUUUUUUGCACAUUUUACGACUUGUCUGUCUUCCAUGAACUGUAAGUAUGUCGCAUAAAGUCUGUGAACUAUUCGCGUUGCAAGUAAUUUCAGAAACUCACGGUGUCUUGGCACUAAUAAAAAUUGGUGAAUGAGGUGUUCUAGGAUAGCUUUUGUUUUUAUUUGUAUUUUAACAUCUUGUGUAUCUACUAUGCUGUGGAUAUUACACAUACACCUAAAUAGAAUAUGCAUUUAAAAUACCGAUAGCAAUAUCAUCUUAGUAUUGGUUGGGCUUCCGAUUGAUUUGUAUUAUUUUAAAUAGUUAAUUUUACUCAAUGCAUUUAUUUCUUUUUUGACGUUUUUAGAUAUAUAUUUUUCAAUCUUUAUUGGUCAAUUUUCAGAUGCGACAAUAAAAUAAUAAUAAAGAGAUUAUGAUGAUGAAGUGUCAAGAGAUUCAUUUUUUGUACUUAGUACUUGGUUACAAACAAUUUAUCAAUUUGUUCUAGAAAUGUUUAUGAAAUUGUUCGGCUCAGUUUUAAGCUAACUUGUUAACUGUAUGAGCUUAAAGUAACAGCAAUAUUAUCAAUAAUGUGUCUCGUAACAUUUGAAUGUAUGUGCGAAAUAAAACUAAUCAUUUAUA